GAGUGAUCAGAAAAUUUAAGUGACAUGACAUUUAAUAGGUAAAACAAUAAAUAUUAUGCAGUAAAUAAGACAGACGUGCCUUUAUACACUGUGAGGAAAGAUUUAUAUACAAACGGAAUCAUUUACAUCUGUACUACAGCUAGUAUUAGAUUCGACUUAUAAAUAUGGCUGAAUAUGUACAGAAAAAAGAAGAUAAAAUUGAAGAUAAAAUAAUCGUUUCAAAUGAUGAUAUCGAUAGUAGUAUAUCGAUACGAGAACUUUUUUACUGUGUUUUUAACAAAAGCAAAUCGAAUUUCGAAACAGAAAACAGCAUGCAAACGUCGCAAGAGACAGUUAUAAUUAGCGAAGUCGAUGAAAAGAUUUUGGAAGAGACAGGGUUAGCCAAACUUAUUACACCACUUGUUGUUAAUACAGAUAUGGCUGACACAAUUGAUGACUCGUUUAUUGAAGAACUAAACAGUGUUUCUGUGAACCUGAAAGCGCUUCUAGAGAAGGCAAGCCAAGCAAAUGGAUUGAUGGCUCCAUCUGCGGGAAAUGCAAACAAAUCACUGGAGAUUAGUGCAAAUGAAGGAAAGGGAAACAUGCGUUUAGAAUUAAACAGAAGAUUGACAGAACUUAAAAACCUUCUCCCAGAAGGAAGUUCAAGAUACUAG